CGAACCGCGGACCUUCCGCUCUCCGGGCGGACGCUGUACCAUUAGACCACGGAGGCGGUCCUUUGGAUCAAGAAUGGUGCUAUCUAAGGCGCUGGUUGCGAUGCAGUUCUUGCAGUGGGUAACCGGACAAUAUUGUUCCAUAGAUGACGUCCAGGUACACUGUCAGCCAUGUGGUUUAACCUGCAACUUUGGCAGAGAUCCAUGCUUCAGAUGUCCUGAACAAUGUGGCAGGGGAAUGCAAGCAGAGACAUGUGAAUCUGUUUGUAGUAAAAGGUGUAAAGACGGAAUUUGCGAGUACCUUAAUAGCCAACUCAAGUGCUCUAAAGGAUGUAUGAAUGGAUUUACGGGGAUGUCUUGCCAAGAAUUUUGUCCACAACACUGCAAAUCCGGCUCCUGUGACCAGCUCACAUCUGAAUGUACUUCAUGUAGGGAUAGGGGUAAUGGUGAAGACUGUGUAACAUCUUCGCCAAUACCUCCAGUAGAAACGGAUUUGUCAUCGCUCAGCAGUUAUUCCAGCCCUAUCGGUACCAGUAACAUUGCCACACGUCGCCCUGUUCUUGUGUGUUUUCUGAUGUGCCAAGAAUGCACAGAGACAGUAGCACAGUAUCAAUGUGAUCAUUGUGGUGACAAAGAACACAGAGAAAUUUGCGAACAUAUGAAGUCGUCUUGCUCUCGAAAUGGAACCUGCUUACGAUGUGACCCUCAUGCAGCAAAGGGCUGUCAAUUGAUGAAGUCAGGAGACUGUAGCAUUGGUCCUUUGAACAAGGCGUGUGACCCAAUGACUGAAAAUUGUACGCUCGAAUAUAUCAUGGAACACCAGGCGAACAUCUGCAACGGCGGCCCAAAUCGCACAAAUGAAGAUGACGAGGAGGAGAAUCCUUCAGGGCAGAACACCUUGCUGUGGUGGGGGAUAGGUGUCGGUGUGGCUGCUGCAGUUCUUGUCAUCCUGUGUGUUAUUGGGAUUGCUUAUCGGGCAGGAGUGAAGUAUGGACGUAAGAAAAGAGAAAGUACCUGCGCAGUUGAGCUGCGUGACCCACCGUGUUCCUCCGACACAGACAACGAAGCAAGGGACUCAACGACUCACUCGUACGUGGACAUUCCAGAAAUCAACGUUCAUCAUCAACCAAACCAUAUUUCAGCUGGUGUUCAGAGAUGUGGUAAUCCCCAAAGCAGUUUGUAUGAAGCGUUGAUUCAUUCUCGUGGAAAGUACCUGUCAACUCAAUGAAAUCCAGACACUCUGAAUAUGAAUACACUUGUCCAUUUCCUUGAAAUACAUGCAUCUCUUCAACCAACCUGUUUCGACGUCCUGGUCGCAAGGUGUCUCAUUAAAAUCAAGUACAAUGGAUGAUUUGGUUUGCAACCUUCAACAAACUGACACCCUUCAGUCAAAACGUCUAUAUUUGUUUGUUGUUUAACGCCGCACUCAGCUAUAUUCAAGCUAUAUGACGGCGGUCUGUAAAUAACCGAGUCUGGACCAGACAAUCCAGUGAUUGACAUCAUGAGCAUC